CUCGACUAUCCGAACCCCUAUCUGUACGGCAAUCAUUAUCAUCAUACAUCGCCAAGCGAGGACCUAGUGGCCCUUUGGUUUGGCAGCAAUGGAACAGGCGGCGUAGCCCCUGGAACCCCAUCAGCGGCCAUGAUCAUGGAAGGGCUUGAAACCCUGGUGGCGCCCACGCAUCACGCAUUCCUAUUAACCGAAACGGCUGCGGCCGCACACUUCAAUGUAUUGAGCUUCGACACGUGCCUGUUCAAGACCACAGCACAAACGAGUCCGGCGGCCAGUUAUCUGAAUACCGCACAAUUCGGCUCCGGCAGCGGCAGCGGUGGCAGCAAUCUAGCUGCUGGCAGCACUCUCGGCGGUGGCGCCAGUCCCAGUGGUGCACAAACGCUGCUUCAUUACAAUCUGAGCAGCGCCACAACGACAGCAAACAACAAUAACAGCAACAACAAUUCUGUGCUCCGGGCACGAAACAAUACGGCCACGCCCACACAAGGCAGUCCGGGCAACGUAGCUGCCCAGCCAUUGGCCGGAGCAGCUGUGGCAACCACAUCAUCCGUUGUCAGCGGUCGCAGCUCGGCGGGCUCCCAUCUGAGUCUACUCAACACCACCCAACAUAGUCCGGUGAACGCAUCCGAGCACGGAGCUGUGGAGGCUAAGCUUAUCGAUACGCUGCCGGGCGACUUAAAUACGCCCGUAACCACAUCCAGCGAUAUACCCUCGUUCUUCGGGCCAUCCACAGUGGUUGAGCCGCCACCGAUUACCGGUUCAAUUGAAUCCGAAGAUCUCUCAUUGGAGCCGCAAGCAGUUUCCAGCCCCGUCUUGUCCUGCAGUCCAUUGAAGGAGGAGCGCAGCACACCGCCCGCUUUGGCGAUUGUUAAGGAAGAGACAAGUAAUAAUAGUUGUACAAUGUAUCCACUACACAACAACAACAACAACACAUCAUCAACAACAAGCACAUCAACAACAACAGCAACAACAAAACAUACAACAAGCGCCACAGAUGCAAACGAAACUAAUGCCAGUAAUGCGGCAGCAACAACAGCAACAACAUCCAGCUCUAGUAGCCACACACACCAACAACAGCAACAACAACAACUGCAUCACAGCCACAAUCAUUGUCACAAUCAUCACAGCCAUCACCAACAACAACAACAACAACAGCAACAGCAUUUGGGCCAACACUCACCACAACAACAGCAACAACAAUAUCAACAGCAUCAGCUACAACAACAACAACAACAACAACAAAUGCCACAUCAUCACCACCACCACCACCAUCAUCAUCACAACAACAACAACAGCCACCCACACCAACAACAGCAACACUACCAGCAACACGCUCUGCAACAGCAGCAGCAACAACAACAACAACAGCAACAACAACAAGGCGCCAAAAUUUCAUAUCGUGGCAUUUUUACCACCACAGGUAACGCCACCAGCAUGAGCGGUCUAAGUUCAGCAGCCGCCGCUGCCGCUGCUGCUCAGCAACAACACCAGCAACAGUCGCAGCAGCAACAGUUGCCCUCACCACAGCUGAAUGUACUGCCCGGUCAGAUGUCACCACCCUCGACCAGCUUGGGCAACAGUUGGGGACUGCCCAGUCCGGACAAGUCGCUCUUCCAGCCACCCAUGUUUGGUCUGCAGGCGCAUUACGCCGUUCAGCAACAGCAGCAGCAGCAGCAACAACAAAGCUCAGCCACGCCCUCGCCCCAUCAUUUGCAAACCGCCUAUGAUGAUGGACGUGUCGCUGCAGCUGCUGCUGCCAACGCCGCUGCUGCCGCUCAGCAUGCUGAGCUAUUGGGUCUGAGCAUGGAUUGCACGCCCUUGUUGCUUAAACAGCCCCCACCGAGUUACAGCAGCUCGGCGUUUGCCGAUAUGCAGGCCAGCCAUGAGUUGCAGCAACAGCAGCAGCAACAACAACAGCAGCAACAGCAACAACAGUAUGCUGUACGGGCACAAAUGUCCGCGGUGGCGGCGCCCAAAUAUCAGUGGCUCGAUUCGCCCGCCGACUAUGCAGCAGCAGUGGCCGCUCAACAGCAGCAACAACAGCAACCGGUGCAGCAACAGACGUUGGUGCUGCCCGGUCCCACCUCCUCGGCCUCGUCCAGCAAUGCCGCCUUGGGUGGUCUGAUACCCAAACAAGAGAACUAUACGGAUAUGCAGCCCGCGGGUGGCGCCAACGGGCAAUCCAGUUAUCCAUCCGCCUCGACAAAUGCCACAGCCGUGCAAUUGGCCGAGUACAGUCCCUCGACCAGCAAAGGCCAUGAGAUAUUAUCGCAGGUGUAUCAGCAGAGCACGGUGCCGCUGAAGCUUGUGCCCGUAAAGCCACGCAAGUAUCCGAAUCGGCCAAGCAAAACGCCAGUCCACGAGCGACCCUAUGCCUGUCCCGUCGAGAACUGCGAUCGACGCUUCUCUCGCUCCGACGAGCUCACCCGCCACAUACGCAUCCAUACCGGCCAGAAACCGUUCCAGUGUCGCAUCUGCAUGCGCAGCUUCAGUCGCUCCGAUCAUCUCACCACACACAUACGCACUCACACCGGCGAGAAGCCCUUCUCCUGCGACAUCUGUGGCCGCAAAUUUGCGCGCUCCGAUGAGAAGAAGCGACACGCCAAGGUGCAUCUAAAGCAGCGCAUCAAGAAGGAGUCCAAGCUGAGUCGCGAGCAACAUCAGCAACAGCAGCAACAACAACAGCAACAGGCAGCGGCAGCAGCAGCCGCCGCCGCAGCAGCCGCAGCGCAACAACAGCAACUGCAUCAGCAGCUGCAACAGCAGCAACAUCAGCAUCAGCAUUCACACCAGCAUCUGCUGCACUCCGCCGAUCUGUCCAUAGUCGCCACGAGCGCUACCAGCAUGUAGACCGAAGAGAACUCAACAUCAUCGAUUGAUUCCGACAUACCCACCACUAGUGCGCGCUGUCGUCGCAAACGUCCGGCAACUGUCCAGCAGCCCGCAGCCACUUCGCCCAGCUAUCAGACGCCCACACUCGACCUCUCGCUGGCCAUCAACGAGAGCGCCUUUCCCUUUGAGCUUACCUCGGACUAUGGCACCUUGUCGCCACUCACAAGUCCGCUCGACUUCGACUUGGUGUUGGUCAACGAGGAGACAGGCAUAGAGCUGCCAACCGCAUCGACGGACGACUCCCAGGCCGCUUAUUGCAAUUUAUUGCAUUACCUUCGAGGCCCACCACAAUCGCCGCUACGCUAAAUCUAACUAUAUCUAUUCGAUUUAUGCCACAAAUUAGCAAAUGGGGGGAGGGGCUGUUACUGUUGCGAAUCAUUUUAAGAGUGGGGCGCUUUAAUUUCUUUUACAAUACCGGAAGUAUAAGCAAAAUUUUAAUCGAAACAGGACUAGCAUCUGUUCGAUUUAUUUUGGCCCUGGCGUGUGGAAAACAUUACAAUAUUAUUGGGAUAUAUAACCUUUUUUUUAAUUUUGCAACACCUUUUGUGACAAUAAAUCACUUGAAUACCUUUAAGAAAACAAUGCGGAACAGCGACAGCAACCCAUAACCUCCAUUUUAGUUUUUAAAAAAAACAUAGCUAGCUCUAUUUUGCAGGCCACACAUUUUCUCGUUAAAUUGUUGGCUUGUUGACUCAAAUGUGCCAAUAGCGGUAACAAAAUGUACAACACUAGCAACAGAUACAAUAAGCUCAACAAUACUUUUAGCUGAGAGAAAUCAUUACACACACACGCUCUAAACAGACUAGUUAAGCGCACAACAACAACAAACUAGUUGCAUUCAAAUUACAGGAAUCAAUCUUUGAUGCUGAAUAUUAAGCGCAUAAAUCAUAAACACAAUUUAGAAAAACAAAAACAAAAACAAGAGUUGUAGCUGUAACGAUAGGUUGUUUUAGCAGCAAAAUCAUGCAAGACAUUAAAGUAAUAAAACAUACUAUAAACACGCAAUACAAUCCCCCCAAAAUCAUAGCGCUUAAAGCCACAUACAUAUAUAAAUAUAAAGUUGUUACUAAAAAAGAAAAAAAGUUACUAACCAGCCUAACAAAAAGCAAAACUAAAUAGAGAAAUAUAACGAGGAAAACAAAACGAAAAAAGCUACAAAA